AGGCUAACUAGGUCUCUUUGGGGUGCUGGUCCUCCUCCUAGUGUUCUAUGUAACUCACUCCCCUCUCUCCGCUGACCUCCGUCAUUUUCCUUCCCAGCCUGAUGGGAAUUAUAUAUUCGUCUCUAGCCGUCAUUUGGAAACGCAUACGCACCGACACGCUUCCUUUUGCCACGAGAGCGAGAUCGAUUUAUGAUUCAUAGAUCCAUUGAUUCCCAAGUUCCACGGAUCCGUCGAUUCCUAACUUCCACGUAAAGAUCGAGGUCGAGGGAGAUGAGGAUGGGGAGGGGAGGAGGCGGGAACAUCAAACAGCCAUGGCUAAGGCACGUUCUCCUGGCCUCUUGCUUCUCCCUCCUGGCUGCAGCCCUCCUCUUCAACCUCCUGUGGGCAUCUUCUUCUUCCUCCUCCUCUUCCUCCUCCUCCUCCUCAUCCUACUUCCCUUCUGUGAAGCAGGUCGUCUCCGUCGAGAAACCCAAGUUGAGAAAGGUUGCUAAUGUUGAGAAAAUAGAGCUGAAUGCAACCUUUGCUGAUCUUCCUGCACCAGAACUAGAAUGGGAGGAGAUGGCAGAAGCACCUGUGCCCCGUUUAGAUGGUUCUGCUAAACAGUUGGGCAAUCUUUUAUAUGUGUUUUCCGGAUAUGGUUCAAUCGAUCAUGUACAUUCCCAUGUGGAUAUUUAUAACUUUAGUGAUGAUACAUGGGGAGGAAGAUUUGAUGCACCCAAAGAAAUGGCACAUUCUCAUUUAGGGGUGGCAUCAGAUGGCAGAUAUAUUUACAUUGUCAGUGGACAGUAUGGACCACAAUGUCGAGGACCAACAUCUAAAUGCUUUGUAAUGGACACAGAGACAAAAAGUUGGGGCGAAUUGCCUCCACUACCUGUUCCCAGGUAUGCCCCAGCAACCCAACUGUGGAGAGGCAGACUCCAUGUAAUGGGUGGCAGCAAGGAAGAUCGGCACGAACCUGCAGUGGAGCAUUGGAGCAUUGCUGUAAAAGAUGGUAAAGCAUUAGAAAAAGAGUGGAGAUCUGAGAUUCCUAUACCUCAUGGUGGACCUCACAGGGCGUGCAUUGUUGCUGAUGACCGUCUCAUUGUAAUUGGUGGUCAAGAGGGUGAUUUUCAGGCCAAACCAGGGUCACCCAUUUUCAAAUGCUCUAGGAGGGAAGAGGUUGUAUAUGGAGAUGUUUACAUGACGGAAGAUGGUAAAAGUUGGAAUCAGUGGCCCUCCAUGCCAAAGCCUGACUCUCACAUAGAGUUUGCGUGGAUAAUAUUGAAUAAUUCCAUUGUAAUCGUGGGAGGCACGACGGAUAAGCAUCCUGUGACAAAAAAGAUGAUACUCGUUGGGGAAGUCUUCCGAUUUCGUUUGGACACAUUGGAAUGGUCAGUAAUUGGAAAAAUGCCAUUCAGAGUCAAGACAACGCUUGUUGGUUACUGGGAUGGAUGGUUGUAUUUUACUUCAGGGCAGCGUGACAGAGGGCCAAAGGACCCCGCCCCUAAAAAGGUUAUAGGAAGCACAUGGAGAACCAAGUUGAGGUUUUGAUUGUUCAUCUUGUCAUUCAUUCAUCUAAGCGUCUUCUAUGACCAUAUGCAUCUUUAGAGCUUUCGUAUUCUUUUAUUUCUUCCACAUUUGUGCACAGCAGCUUCUUUUUGAGCGUGUAUCAUGUAACAUAGACGAAAACAGGAGAUGAGGAGAAAACAAUAAUGUAUUUGAUCUUAUACCUCAGAGGGACUCCUGCACAGCUUAUUAUCUUGUGAAAAAGUAAGAUCUCGAAAAUUCUUCUUA